UUUCAUUGAUCCCCCUCCCAUUCUCCCCCUGCUUUCAUUGCUCCCCCUCCCAUUCUCCCCUGCUUUCAUUGCUCCCCUCCCAUUCUCCCCCUGCUUUCAUUGCUCCCCCUCCCAUUCUCCCCCUGCUUUCAUUGAUCCCCUCCAUUCCCCCCCUGCUUUCAUUGAUCCCCCUCCCAUUCUCCCCCUGCUUUCAUUGAUCCCCUCCCAUUCUCCCCCUGCUUUCAUUGCUCCCCCUCCCAUUCUCCCCCUGCUUUCAUUGAUCCCCUCCCAUUCUCCCCCUGCUUCAUUGAUCCCCCUCCCAUUCUCCCCUGCUUUCAUUGAUCCCCCUCCCAUUCCCCCCCUGCUUUCAUUGAUCCCCUCCCAUUCUCCCCCUGCUUUCAUUGCUCCCCCUCCCAUUCUCCCCCUGCUUUCAUUGAUCCUCCUCCCAUUCUCCCCCUGCUUUCAUUGCUCCACCUCCCAUUCUCCCCCUGCUUUCAUUGAUCCCCUCCCAUUCCCCCCCUGCUUUCAUUGAUCCCCCUCCCAUUCUCCCCCUGCUUUCAUUGAUCCCCCUCCCAUUCCCCCCCUGCUUUCAUUGAUCCCCCUCCCAUUCCCCCCUGCUUUCAUUGAUCCCCCUCCCACUCUCCCCCUGCUUUCAUUGCUCCCCCUCCCAUUCCCCCCCUGCUUUCAUUGCUCCCCCUCCCAUUCUCCCCCUGCUUUCAUUGAUCCCCCUCCCAUUCUCCCCCUGCUUUCAUUGCUCCCCCUCCCAUUCCCCCCCUGCUUUCAUUGAUCCCCUCCCAUUC